CUCUUAUAGCGGCGGAAUCUGUCGUUAGCCAUUUCAGAUCAAACCGGUUUGCUCUGCGGUAAAUUCGGUUGUACCAAGCUAAAUUAGUCGUUAAAACCGAGUUUAUCACGUACAUUUUGCACAUCUGCGGUCUAGUUACGUAAAUAUGAGCGACAACGAGAAAGAGUUCAGGGAGCAGGUUGAGGUUGGAAGAAAGAAAAAGGCGGAAGACGUUUCAGAUGUGAAGUUGUUAUUAUUUGAAGCUGAUGGUGUUGAUGCAUGCUAAUGUAUUGGAUGCUGAAAAGAAGCAAUCAAGAUCUGUCCCCACUACUAGUGUUGUAAUGGCAGAUGGUAAAUGGGGGAAGAGGAGGAAAAAAGAAGUCGUAAUGUCAAACAGAAGAAAGAAGAAAUGAAGGGUUGUUUUGAAGUAAUGAAGUUAAGAAGUUAUGAAGUUAAGAUCAGAAGUUUACCGGGGACUCACGGCCUGGCUCGAGGAGCGCGUCCCCUCGGGGCUCGGCGAAAUCCACCAGCCGCUCUCCAGCACGCUCCAAAGAUGGCUCCCGUCGUUCCAGGUCUCGGUCUCGUUCUCGAUCCAGAUCAAAAUCCAGAUCCCGGUCCCACCGAAGUUCACGCAGGCAUUACUCCCGCUCUCGUUCCCGCUCCCACCGACGCCGGUCCAGGAGCCGAUCUCGUAGCUGGGAGUACCGCCGCCGUAGGAGCCACAGCCGUUCCCCCAUGUCAAACCGACGCAGACACAUUGGCAACAGGGCCAACCCAGACCCCAACACCUGUCUGGGUGUGUUUGGACUGAGUCUGUACACCACCGAGAGGGAUCUGAGGGAGGUUUUCUCCAAAUAUGGCCCUUUGAGUGAUGUCAACAUUGUGUAUGACCAGCAGUCACGUCGCUCGAGAGGCUUCGCUUUUGUCUACUUUGAAAAUUGCGAGGACUCCAAGGAGGCCAAAGAGCGCGCUAAUGGAAUGGAGCUUGAUGGACGCAGGAUCCGAGUGGACUUCUCCAUCACUAAACGAGCCCACACUCCCACUCCUGGAAUCUACAUGGGACGUCCCACGUACGGUGGUGGUGGCGGUGGCGGUGGUGGUGGUGGAGGUGGUGGUGGUUCAUCACGGCGCGUCUCGAGGGAUUACGACAGGGGCUACGACAGAGGCUAUGACAGGGGUUAUGAUCGGGACUAUGAUCGUUACGAUGACCGAGAGUACAGAUCAUACAGACGCAGAUCUCCGUCUCCGUACUACAGCAGAGGGUACCGCUCUCGAUCCCGAUCCCGAUCCUACUCACCACGUCACUACUGAGCCGCGAGAUGAGAGUCAACGACAGAUUCAGUGUUAAUUUCUGGAUGCUUGUUUCUUUUUAUGUUUUUUUUUUUUGUUUGUUUUUGACCAGAUUGUGUGUGUGAUAGGAAUCCAGGGUUUAAGUAUUUAAGGCUGAACAAAAUUGUCCUAGUAAUGCAGUCUUUCUGAGAAUCUUUACCAAAUUUACAAGAAGGAUCAUGAAAAAUGUUUUGCCAAAAAAAUUAUAUGGCAGUAAAUUAGGUUCAGGUGGAAAUGGGUAAUGGUCCAGAUCUGUUCCAGAUUCCAUCACCUUCAUCUUCACUUUCAUAAAAUAUGUGAAGUUCUUUUUGGAAAUCCACAUAGCUAAUGAUCAGAAAUCUAAAACACAGCCUCUUUGGUGGUGGUGAUUAAACAAACAUCUGGCUUGUUUAUGAUUUACCUAACAAGGGUUUUCUGUGAAAGUUAUAUUACAGUUUCUCAUUUUGCUGUUUGUAUGUAGCUGGUUUCUCAAGCUGUCAUGAUCUUAGUUUGCUCCGGGAUAUGUUUUAGAUACCUUUUUAAUUUAGUUUUUUUUUCUGGUGGAAAGUACUUUUGGGGGGGGCGGGGGAUUGUAUAUAAGCAAUAAAAAAUUACUUGGGUCACUUGGUCUGUUGUUUAUUGACACUGAAGUACAAUGUAUGGUUGUAUUGCCCCAUGAUUUUAGAGGCAGGAAUGUUGUUUUACUAUGAAGCCCCAUCAAACAUUUUGACUUUUGUUCUUUCUUGACAGAAAUAAAAAUAUUACUGCUUGGUCUUGA